AUGAUAGCAGCUAUUGCAAUAAGUUUAGCCCUUUAAAUUCCACUUAAAUUUUCAAUGGACUAAGUCUGGAGAGUCAUGAGUGUGCUUUAACUCAUCGUCAAUUUGCCAUUUACUGGUGUACAACUCACUUCAAAUGUGUAUAUUUGCUUCCAAACGCUUAAAUAAAUUUCGUCUUUCUAGUUUAUUGAUUAAGAUACUAUCAAGGAUAUAAUUACAAAGCAUAUAGAUAAUUAAGAACCUGAAGGAUAAUUAAGUUUUUACAAGAAUUAAAAGAUGAGAUCUGGGUUGGAGGAUACCUUAGGCCAUUAAUUAUUGGGUUUUUAGAUCUAACCAUAAAUCUAACAUUGUCCUUUUAUUAUUCUCUUUCCUUUUAAUCCUCUCGAUUAUUCCAGUUUUAGUGCUAAUUUUCCUAAACAAAAAUAGGACGCAGUUAAAUCAAAGGACAUUCUAUUAAAAAUAUGGAUCAUUGUGAAAUCGUAGAUGAUAUUUAUUUGCGAAACUAGAUUGGGCUUGCGAUUUUGA